GAGCACAUGUUGGACAUGGAGGGAAUUUAAAGUUUCAUCAACAACAAAUGAAGAAAAAUCAAGAAUCCACCAUAACUUCUCUUGGCAUAAAUGUCUCCAACUUCAGUGCACCACUUUAGACAUCAGCGGUCGUUACAGAGAUGAAAAACAGCAGUGCAGGGAUAUUUGACUCUACAAUCUACAAUCUGCACACCAGUCUGCACAAAUCCACCAAUGAUUCUAAACCCCAGAAGAAAAUACAAUGCCAAAGCAAAAGAGAUGUCACACACAAAUAGACCAUGUUUUGAAGACUAAUGAAUAUAGUUGAAAACCAAAUGGCUAUGAUGGAUGGUAUAACGGGUCAAUAAAAGGGUUUGAUAGUAAUAUCCUUCCAUCAAACUCCCCAUGUGAAGACAGACGGAGUGCUGCAAUGUGUCUACAGAGCCGAGGCAUGCUGUUUGGAGUAUUUGAUGGCCACGCAGGUUCUGCUUGCGCACAAGCAGUUAGUGAACGCCUCUUUUACUACAUAGCCGUAUCUCUACUUCCAUUGAGGACUUUAACUGAGAUAGAGGAGGCUGUGGAGAGUGAACGGCCUAUACUUCCAGUGCUACAAUGGCACAAACAUCCCAACGACUAUGUUAGCACAGAUGCUUGCAAGCUAUACUUCAAUAGCCUGAGGACAUACUGGCAGGAGAGAAUAGAUCUGCAUGAGGAUGAUGAUGACGACAGUGAUAUAAGAAACUCUUUCAAGAGACUGGAUAACGAUAUUUCCUUGGAGGCCCAGGUGGAUUUUAGGGUUCCUUUUGCUCGUUUCACACCUCUCAGGGUGGCUGGGUCUGGAUGCACGGCCUGUGUGGCUCAGUGGACAGCUCUCAGUGUUACCAAUGACCACAAUGCCCACAACCCAGAUGAGAUGCAACGGGUUCUCAGGCAUCCUGCUUCUGAGCAGAAGACAGUGGUGAAACAUAACAGAUUAUUGGGCCUGUUGAUUCCUUUCAGGGCUUUUGGAGACAUGAAAUUCAAGUGGAGCGGUGAGCUCUUGAAUCGCAUCUAUGAGGCACAUCCAGAGCUGCUGAUCGGGAACAAAAAUGCAAAAAUGCUGCUGCCGGACUGCCACACACCACCUUACCUCAUAGCAGAUCCAGAAACUACAUGUUACAAAUUGCGACCACAGGACAAAUUCUUGAUUCUAGCUACUGAUGGUCUUUGGGAACUGAUGCACAGGCAGACUGUGGUGCAAGUCUUGGGGGAAAAUCGAUCUGACAUGCAGUGGAAGAAGCCAGUUUCUGGACUGUGUUUUACAGUGGGACAGAUGCAUAGACUGCUGCAGGAGAGGAAGAGUAGAGCUCUUUCUGCUCUGGAGGAUGAGAACAGUACUACUCAACUGAUCCGUCACGCUCUGGUCAGCGACAGCUGCGGCUCCAUUGAACCCAAGCGCAUUGCCAAAAUAAUCAGUCUGCCAAAAGAUUUGGCAAAGAUGUAUAGAGAUGACAUACAGUCAUUCACUUUAAUAGUUAAUCUACUUAAAGCUUUACUUUAAAUAAUUUAGAAGUGUAAAAAAAAAAAAAACACAUUAAUUGAUUAGAAUGCAAGGGCUGCCUGGAAAGUAUCCUGUCAAGUAAUAUGAAAAAUAGAGACAUUAAAGACACAAAAUACAAGAAACAUUGUACAUUGGAUAAUGAUGUCUCAGUCCCCUUCAAAGGUAAUUUCAGUUUUGGGAAAAAUAAGUCACAAGGCACCUAAUCUGGACUGGGGGCGAGGGGUGUUGGGUGAUUUGAUGUUUUGCCAAAAAACUCUUGCACGAGAUGUGAUGCAUGGGCAGGUGCAUUGUCGUGACCAGUUGCACACAGCUGCAGCCGUUUUCAUCCUAUUGCAUUCUCUCAUCUCUUAUUAUUCAUAAUAUAUGGCUGGAUACUUUCUGGA